ACCACGCAUCCAUUUCCAAACAUGAACAGUCACCUUCAUUGUGCAUUUCUCCAUCUUCAACUCUCUCAUCCCUAAUGAAUCCCCCUAAAACUGGCAAAUUUCAGGAGAUUUCCGCCCGUGCUGGUCAUCUGGUUGCUUGCUUUGGCAAUUUUAUGUGUGUCUGGGGUGGCUACGAAGUCAGCGAGUAUAAUAGCGAACAAUACUGCAAGUCAAAUGAAAUAUGGAUGUAUGACACAAUCCUAAACAGAUGGUACUCUUAUGAAACAACGUGUGAAAUACCCUUAGCUCGUUCUGGUUCAAUUGCUCAACUGAUAGAUGACAAGUUAUACGUUCAUGGCGGUCACACUAAACAAGGAAACACUAACUCUAUAUACUGUUUAAACAUUAAAACUAUGGAGUGGAAAAAACUACUGUCCAAUUAUGAAGGGCCGUUACCCAGUCCAAGGGAUAAACAUUCUUCAUGGGUGUACAAAAAUAAGCUUUAUUGUUUUGGAGGGCACGGUCCUGACAUAACUGACUUCUUAUGUGACAGUGGUGAAUAUGUUGAAGACGUCAGCAGUGAUAUGUCUUACCCUCGUGGCUGGAACAACCAACUCCUGAUAUUUGACUGUGACCUACAUCGUUGGUCAAAUCCAAAAUGCACUGGUGAAGUGCCAUCCCCUCGAGCAGCUCAUGCUUCCACGCGUAUCGGUAAUAAAACCUAUGUAUUUGGUGGCCGACAUCUCUCUAAACGCAUGAAUGAUUUAUAUUGCCUUGAUUUAGAUACACUCCAUUGGACCAAGCCUCAGAUAACAGGUCAUGUCCCUUGUGGCAGAUCUUGGUGCUCUUUCACAGCUGUUUCUCCCACACGCAUUCUUUUGUGCGGAGGUUUUACUCAGGAUAAUCAACCUUUAGCUGAUAUCUGGUUAUUUGAUGUAACUACUUUUAGCUGGAUAAUCUAUGAGAUGUCCUUCUCUAUACCCCGCCUCUGGCAUUCCUGUUGUGUCACUCCAGAUGAUGACGUCAUCAUAUUUGGAGGUUGUUGUAGUAAUAUUUUGGAUUAUACCCAAAAAGCUAUCCACACAAACGAAGUAAUACAAUUCCGGAUCAAACCAAAGUCUCUUUUGCAACUGUCUGUUGAUACACUAGUAAAAUACCGUCAGAAAACAAAAGCAGAGUGGAAGUACUUGCCUCAAAGGUUAUUUAAAUAUGCCAAAUUAAAGGAGCAGGCUAUUAUAAAUGACCCCAUCAAAUUCUCUUCAAAUCUGGUAAAAUCAAAACACUGAGAAAUGUUAAACGUGGCGCUGUUGAGAAUCUGUAAACUUGAGUUUUCCCAGAAGUUAACUUGAAUUAAAAUUGGAGAACUGAAGUCAGUUCUGCCUUGAUGACAUUUGAAAAUGCACAGUAAAUACUCUUACAAAAAAUGGCUUCAUUGAUGAUUUUCCCCCUCAUCAUCAUCAUGUAUGUCAUCUCUUUGAAAUGAUGUCUCUGAUAUUUGUGGAUAAAAUUACAAAAACUGUUCUUGUUUCUCCCUUUUCUGUUUUAUUGCAAAUAUACAAGAAUCAUUUUUAUAUUCACUUCAACAACAACAACAACACAGUCAAAUUUGGUUCAAAAGUCACAUCUAUAAUUUGAUCUGUUUUUUGUUUGUUUUUGUUUUCUCUUUAAAAAGGGGUUCAUUUUCAUUAAUUUUUUUAAAAUAAUUAAUCCACAAGAAAACAAUUGAUUAAAUGACUUCACUGAAACCUCAUAACAGGCUCAGUUUUACUUAAUCUCUGUAUUGGAAAUACCAUUGUAUAAAAAAUAGAACAUCUGUGGGGUUGUUUCUUUUGAUUAUCAAUUAAAAAUCGACUAUUUACUUUUAGAAUAAUAUUAUCUCAAUAACUGUUACUAUAUAUAAGUGAAAUACGGAAAUAAUAUUUUAAAGUAGAAAUAACAGCACUUAAAGCAUACCAAAUGUUUACGUUAAUGUACAAAUACACAUAUGUACACACGUCUUUCUGCUUUAACCUGUUGAUACCAAACAGCCUGAAACUGCCCUUGGUUUUAUGGAUCAAGCUUCCUGUUUGAAAAUGAUCUGCUACUUUCUGUUAAAAUGUCAUGUUAAUUUAUAUUCGUAACAUCAGCUUAAUAAUGAAGUUUUAAUAUAUUCUUCAUAAUUUUAGAAUUAAUUCCAAGAAAAACACUGAACAACUGUACACAGUUACAUCUCUGUUAGACUGCCAUCUGUAUGUUUAUGAUUUUUAACAGAAUUUAACAGAAAUAUGGUAACAGAAGGGACAAACAAAGUCAAUAGUCUUGAUUUAGUCAAAUAAAUUCACAAUUAGUGGGGCUGGUUUUUUUUUUAGUUUAACAUCCUUAACUUAAAUAUACAGAAUUUAUGGUAGCAGUGACUAGAAUCUCAAUGGCAUGAACCAAGAAAGAUUUCUGCAAAUUAAUCAGCACUACUUUCUACAAAUAUUGUUUUGGUUUCAUAAAACAUAUCUUGCUAUAAUUACUCAUUUAAUAUUAUAUAUUUGGAGUAAAAUAAUGUUUGUAGCUUUACCUUUUGUUAUGAAUGCUAUAUCAUCAAAUAAAGUAAGAAAAGUACUGAAAAAUUUUAUUUAGCUCCCUUUGAGUCUAUUUAUUAAAUUUUCAGUCCAACUCAAUAAGAACUGAUAGUACUUGCUUCACACAUAGCACACUUUUUGUUGGUUUACAUUUUUUUGUCUCUCUUGUCUUCUUAUUUAAUCUUAACACACAUACAUAUAAAAACAUUCACUGAUACAUGUAUGCACACACACACAUACACAGCCUGUUACAGUGUUUUGUUAUUGAGCACUAAAACAUGUAACCUAUCUCUAUGGUUACCUUAGAUUGAAAAUUGAAAUAAACAAUUCCACAUGAUA